GAAAAUUCCUCGUGUUUCCUCGAAGACGAACCGCAUAUCGCGACUGGUGUCCGUGGACGACACCACUGACACAUUUGAACGCGCAACAUGAGCUCCGUGCACUACGAACCUGACUCGGAGCUCGGGCCAUCGUCGUCGCGCGUGAUCGCGCCUGCUGGACCGCUACAGCCUCUUGUGAUUGCUGGGCCUUCUGGUGUAGGCAAGGGUACACUAAUCGCGCGCCUUCUCGCCAAGUACCCCGACUUGUUUGGGUUCUCUGUCAGCCACACGACUCGCAGUCCUCGACCAGGCGAAGAGAACGGCAUUGCGUACCACUUUGUGUCCAAGAACGUCUUCGACGAAGCUGUCGACGCGGAUGCGUUCGUCGAGUAUGCCCGCGUCCAUGGCAACGGAUACGGCACGAGCAAGAAGUCGGUGCAAGACGUUCAGGAUGCCGGGAAGAUCUGCGUCUUGGACAUUGAUAUCCAAGGCGUGCAGCAAGUGAAACAGGCCAAGGACUUGAACGUCCACUAUAUGUUCGUGGCGCCACCGUCGAUGGCCGACCUGGAAACCCGUCUUCGAGGCCGCGGCACUGAGUCCGAAGAUAAGAUUGCUCUGCGUCUGGCCAACGCAACGGGAGAACUCGCCUACGCUGACGAAGGCCACUUUGACAAGAUUCUCGUCAACAACGACCUGGACGCGGCCUUUAAAGAACUGGAGCGUACGCUCGCCACGUGGUACCCCAACGUCAAGUUUGGUGACAGCGCCGUCGAAACCUCACUGGAAAAGUAAUUCCUACCUUUCAACAAACCUGUGUGUAAGAGCUUGGAAAGGUUGGGGCAACAUAGACUGGUGGUACAAGAUGCUCCUGUCGAGCACUCGUCCUGGACGACUUGUGCCAGCGACUUGUCAGGACUGCUCUGGUAUCGUAGCAUAAGCGCUCGAAUUGAAUCAGACGAAGAUACAUCGAGGGUGGCGGAAACAAGGCAUUUUCC